AUGGCGUGGCGCUGCAGUGGUCGCACAAACAGCGAACUCGUCGCCAACCUCAUCUCCUCCGGUCUAAUCUCCUCCGCCCGUGUCCGCAACGCCAUGUCCUCCGUUGACCGCGCACACUACUGUCCAUCCUUUCCCCUCGCCGCCUACGAAGACUCCCCCCAACCCAUCGGUUUCGGCGCCACCAUUUCGGCACCCCACAUGCAUGCCUCGGCGUGCGAGUCAUUACUCCCUUUCAUGCCCGAGAACGCCGGCGCGAGGGUCCUGGACAUCGGCUCCGGCUCCGGCUACCUGACUCACGUCCUGGCCAACAUCGUCUGCGGCCCCGAGGGGACUGGCGCCGGCAAAGUCGUGGGAAUCGACCACAUUGAGGGCCUUGUGGAAUUGUCGCGCGAGAACAUGCGGCGGAGCGAAGAGGGGCGUCGACUUCUCGACACGGGAAAAGUCGAAUUGGUCACAGGGGACGGACGCAAGGGGUAUGCGGCUGCCGCGCCGUAUGAUGCGAUACACGUCGGUGCGGCGGCGAGCGAGUUGCAUCAAGACUUAGUGGAUCAGUUGAAGAGUCCGGGAAGGAUGUUUAUACCGGUGGAGGAUAGGGAUGGGUGGGGAAGCCAGUGGAUUUGGGUCGUGGAUAAGGACAAGAAUGGAAAGGUGACCAAGAGGAAGGACAUGGGCGUUAGAUAUGUGCCGUUGACGGAUCCUCCGAAGUGA